GAAACGAGCAUGUGUUCAGUUUUGUGUAUCAAACAAAACAGCAGAAUGUUUUUCAGGGAGACACUUGGCCGUAGUCCAUUUUUUGUGUUAUCGGACGCCAGAGACUUGUGCACAGUGCGGAGGAAGACGACUUGAGGACUUUGGAUAUUUUGAACCCUUUGAAUAUUGGUUUAGUUCUCGUCCUUGCCAGGGACUCCCUGGUCCUUACUAUACAGAAUGUUUGCCAGCCGUGCAGCUAGGAGUGCGGUAGUCUGCUACAAAGCAGGGCAAUUGUUCAGGCAUAUACUACCCUGUUCUGGCGUCGUAGGCAUCAGGAGGCUUUGUUCAUCUCGCAUCAACCAGUCGUGUCAGGUGCCCCAGAAAAAUGUGAAUUCAUUUUCAAAUCGGACACAUACGUGUGGCGAAUUGAGAGCUGAGCAUGUAGGCCAAGAAGUAACGCUGUGUGGCUGGAUCACGUUUAAAAGGAAAUAUGGCGACCCACUGUUUAUUGUCCUGCGCGACAUAUACGGCAUGGUUCAGAUAGCAGUACCAGCGGGCCCGUACCAUGAUCUUGUGAGCUCACUUAACUUGGAGUCGGUGCUAGAAGUGCGCGGUUCUGUCAUUUCACGUCCGGAGAAUGACCUCAAUCCGAAAAUGGCAACCGGGAGUAUUGAGGUUGUGCCUUUGUCGGUUCGCGUGCUCAACAACUCUGAGCUAGUUCCGUUCAAUUUGAACGGCAAAGGAGACUCGUCAGAAUGGAACCGUAUGCAGCACCGCUAUUUAGACCUACGCAGCACUCCGUUCCAGCAGCUGACCAUGUUCAGAUCCACCAUCACCAAUCGCAUGCGCCAGUUUCUAACCCAGGAGUUUGGUUUCUUGGAAGUAGAAACGCCGACAUUGUUCCGCCGCUCUCCUGGGGGUGCACGUGAGUUCAUCGUGCCCACCAGAGCUGAGAACAGCUUCUACUCAUUAGUUCAGAGUCCACAGCAGUUCAAGCAAAUGCUGAUGUGCGCCGGUACAGACAGGUACUUUCAGUUUGCUCGUUGUUAUCGAGACGAGAGUGGCACAUCUCAGCGGCAGCCAGAGUUUACUCAGCUCGAUAUGGAGCUGUCCUUCUCAUCUCAAGCAGACAUUGUUGCCCUCAUAGAGCAACUCGUCUCUCAAACGUGGCCAACAGGAGACACGUGGCCUCAUCUUCCCGCUGUCACUACGCCGUUCCCGCAAAUGACCUACGAGCAAGCCAUGAGAGAGUACGGGUGUGAUAAGCCCGACGUUCGAUUUGACAUGAAAAUCCGAGACAUCACGUCGGCUCUUUCCGGCUCAGGCUUCAUCCCGUUCGAGAAAGGUUUGAAUGCUCCGGGUGGUUGCGCUCGGGCCAUACGCAUACCCUCUUCCACCGGUCUCUUCACGAGCAAGGAGAGGAAAACGUUGGAAGGCAUUGCUGUAAAGGACGGCUUGCAAUGUAUUCUUGUGAGGUUGGAUGAGAAGAGACAGUGGCCCAAGCAACUGCAUGGCAAAGUAUCACCUGACAUGAUGGCCAGCGUUGACAAAGAGAUGGGCUCCGAGGAUAACGAUAUGCUUGCGAUUGUCACCGGACCAGCAGACACUGUUGCAUCCACACUGGGCGCUAUCCGUUUGGAGGCGGCCAAUAUUCUACGUUCUCACGGUGUUCACCUCUAUGACGAGAAGGAUUUCAAAUUCCUGUGGGUACACACAUUCCCCUUGUUCAAUCAGGCUGAAAACGGACUUGAAAGCUCUCAUCAUCCGUUCACAGCACCGCACCCCGAUGACGUGUCUCUGCUGGAGAGUGAUCCACUUAAGGUGCGGGCUCAGCACUUUGAUCUGGUACUGAACGGCGUAGAGGUUGGAGGUGGCUCUAUGCGUAUCCACGACAGUGAGUUGCAGCGGCGGAUACUGCAAGAUGUGCUCAAGCUGGAUUUGAGUGACUUUGAGCACAUGCUGAGCAUGCUCCAAUACGGAUGUCCGCCACAUGGAGGAAUUGCCCUUGGAUUCGACCGCUACCUGAGCACCCUGGCUAGCCGACCAUCAAUCCGUGACGUGAUUGCAUUUCCCAAGACCAGUUCUGGUAUUGAUGCUAUGACCAAUGCACCCAGUGCUCUGACUAGCCAUGAACUCGACGAAUAUUUCCUCAAGGUUACAUCUGAUGAGAAGAAGGUCGCGGAGUCGACUACAACAGAGAAUGGUGGUGAUGAAUCCAAAGAGUAAUUGGUGGUGUGUGGAGUGUUUGAGACAAGGUCAAGACAGCCAUUGUGGAAAGGGUAUUCCAGUUCAUCACUGCUUAUAUCACCGCUGUCCUCUCAGUAGGCAGCAGUGCAUUAUCUUGCAAUGCCCGCCAUGUUCCUGACAGCAGCAGCAGACCUGCCUGUGCCACAUGCGUAGCAUUUUACGCUCGCAAUUGCAACCGUUUUGUUGUAAUUUGGCCGUGCGGUACAUGGAUUAUAUCCUGUGCGGUCCAGUUCAACACUGCGAAUGGUUUGCUGUCCCCGUUGCUAUCUGCAUCACUGCCCACUUGUCCACCGUGUGCCAUGCUACCCAUCUUCUUGCUCCAUACAGCUGCUGGCCAAAGACGGAGGUAAGCCAAGAAACCGUGCCUCAGUACAGCUCUUAUAUGUGCUUGCCUUGGCGGUCAGGUAGGAAGUAAGAUGAUGCUGUGUUAGCGCAGGCACGGAAGCCCUGCUGUAGUACUACACGUGUGUAAGCAGGUAUCCGUGACCUGACAGAGCAGACACCGUCCCGCUUGAUGGACUCCUGGCAUUUUUAUGUGUGGCAACAACGGUCUUGUUUGCUAACUCUCCUGACCUAUCAGUACAUGUACAUGAUUGUACUACUGCACCACCACACUGACUACGGUGUGUAGCCGUGCAGUGCAUGUACCACUGCACCACCACACUGACUACGGUGUGUAGCCGUGCAGGACAUAAUGUACCACUGCACCACCCCGCUGACUAUGCAUGCUGUGUAGUAGUCACACUGCACACUGCACGCUGUUUGCCAUUGACCAGUGAGUCAUGCACAAACUGAUCACAAGCAAUUAGCUAUGCAUGCAGCUCGUGUUAUGCUUGUAAGUAAUCAUGUCUUCCAGAGUACUGGACAAGAUCAUUAUGGGUAUGUGCAUUGUUACUGUACAUGGGCAGUAACCAUGGCUACCCUACUGUACAUGGGCAGUAACCAUGGCUACCCUACUGUACACGGGCAGUAUCCAUGGCUACCCAGUGUACAUGUACAUGGUCAGUAACCAUGGCUACCCAAUGUACUGUAGAUGGGUAUGUAGCCAUCAUGGAUACCAAGCUACUAGUACUACACAUGGGCAUAUAAUCCACAUGAGUGCAAUCACAUAAUGAUACAGCAGGCAGACCUGUGGACUUCUGUUGUUCAUUGAGUAUGUUUUGUCAUUCAGCCCCUUACUGCUCCUAGUAUAGGAUGCCCGCGAGGAUACCCGCGAGCUGUUGAUGAUUGGUUUUUAGAAUGCGAUGUACGUCUGUGCUGCUGGCCAGUACAGUUAUACGCACGGUUUCAGAAAGAAAUCAUCUUGAUUCUUGAACUAUAAUCUUGGAACCGAAAAUUUCUUUUUCAAAGCUCACUGCUGAUUGCUGCAUGCCUUCAAGUCGCACUUCCUCUGUCUCUACUCUCACUUGGCCACAUCAAUAAGUUCUUAGCCAGCAUUUGCUAACAGUUGAUGCUAGUUCUCCCUCUG